AUGACCCUACUUUUAUUAACGUGUAGUAUUUACGUUCUUUUAUUAUUUCAGUCACAUAUUAUUGGUGCAUGUCCAUCUGUUUGUUCAUGUCAUGGACCAAAUGUUGACUGUAGCAAUCGAGGUCUACAAACAAUACCAGCUGGUAUACCACGAAAUGUUUUUAAACUAGAACUUCAAUUCAAUAAUUUAUCAAUAAUCCGUAAAGAUGAUUUUAAAGCCUUUCGUCAACUACGUAUUUUAAAUCUUCAAGAUAAUCAAAUACAUACAAUUGAUACUGAUGCAUUUCGAGAUUUAAUAUCAUUAGAAAAAUUACGUCUCAACGGUAAUAAGCUAAAUCACCUUGCCGAUGGCACAUUUGCAUCGCUUAAACAACUUCAACGAUUGGAUCUCAGUUCUAAUCAAUUACGCGCCAUUAAAAAAGGAACUUUACAGGGCCUCCAAGUUAUUGAUAAUUUACAAUUGGAUCACAAUGAGAUCACUUGUAUUGAAGCCGACGCUAUUAAUGGACUCAAUCGUUUGGAGAUUGUCACAUUGAAUUUCAACAAUCUAACAACGCUACCAGUCUUACCAUUUGCACGACUGAUCGAUUUAAGGGUUUUACGUCUUCAUGAUAAUCAAUUCGUAUGCGAUUGUCGUCUAUUAUGGCUUGCUAAAUAUCUUAAAUUACAUCCAUUUCUUGGUCUUAAUGCACGAUGUCAAGAUGCUGAUACGUUGAGUUAUAAAGAUAUAACAUCAUUAAUCGAUGAUGAAAAACAAUGCAAUAGCAUGGAUAUUGAUGAUAUCGAUUAUACAUGUAAUGUACCUGUAUGUCCAUAUCCAUGUACGUGUUUUAAUGGUGUUGUCGAUUGUAAAGAUAAAGAUCUUAUGGAAAUUCCAAGAAAUAUUCCAGAUACAACAAUUGAAUUACGUUUGGAAAAAAAUCGUAUUAUGGAAAUUCCACCAAAAAUAUUUUUUCAUAUGAAAAAACUUCGACGUUUAGAUAUAAGCAAUAAUUUAAUAUCAACAAUUUAUCCUGAUUCUUUUGCUGGUCUAAAAUCACUUAAUUCACUUAUACUCUCAAACAAUCAGCUUGUGCAUUUACCAUUUGGUAUAUUUCAUCACGAAUUCACGCAUCUACAACUCUUAUUGCUUAAUGCAAAUAAAUUAGUAUGUGUACGUGGUGAUACAUUUCGUGGAUUAGAAAAAUUAAGUUUAUUAUCAUUAUAUGAUAAUAAACUUAAAACAUUAGUUAAUAAUACAUUUACACCAUUGAAAAGUAUUCAAACAUUACAUUUGGCUCGUAAUCCAUUUAUAUGUGAUUGUCAUCUUCGUUGGUUAAAUGCUUAUUUACGUGAAAAAACAAUUGAAACAAGUGGUGUUCGUUGUGCUGGACCAAGACGUAUGGCAAAACGAAAAUUUGGUGUUUUAAAUGAUCGAAGAUUUCGAUGUCGAAAUCGAAUGGAAUAUGAACAAACAGCUUAUAGUACGCAAUGUGAAAUACAAUGUCCAAAAGGAUGUACAUGUGAUGGUACAACUGUUAUUUGUCGUGGAUUACAAUUACAAGAAAUACCUAAUGAUAUACCACCGUUUACUACUGCACUUCAUCUACAAGAUAAUUUAAUCAAGCGAGUUCCACGUGAUGGUAGUUUUCGACGUUUAAGAAGUCUUCGUACUCUUGAUUUAAGAAAUAAUCGAUUAGAAGAAAUUGAUGAUGAUGCUUUUGAUGGAGCUGAUUCACUCAAUGAAUUAUUUUUAAGUGAUAAUAAUUUAAAUAUAAUAACACCACAAACAUUUCAUGGUUUAAAAAAUAUUCGAACAUUAAUGUUACGUACAAAUAAAUUAACUUAUAUUAAAAAUGAUACUUUUUCUGAUAUGGAUGCACUUAAAACAUUAUCAUUACAUGAUAAUCGUAUUAAAUGUAUUGCACCAGGUUCAUUUGAUCGAUUACGAUCAUUAUCAGCUUUGGAUCUUUUAUCAAAUCCAUUUGUAUGUAAUUGUCAUAUGAAAUGGUUAAAAAGUUGGUUGAAACAAAGUAAAAUUGUUACUGGAUAUCCUAGAUGUAUGUCACCAACAAAACUACGAAAUAUUCCUAUUGUCAAUUUAACUGAUGAUGAUUUUGUUUGUAAUCCUACCGAAAUCGAUGCAUGUGAUGUAUCGUAUCCAAAUCAUUGUCCACAAAAUUGUUCAUGUUAUAAUCAUAUUGUACGAUGUUCACAUGCACAUUUAAAAAAUAUACCAUAUGAACAAAUGCCAUUAGAUACAGAAGAAUUAUAUUUAGAUGCAAAUGAUAUACAAGAAAUACCAUUAGAAUUAACAAAUCGUCUUAUUUAUUUGAUAAGAAUUGAUUUAAGUUAUAAUAAAUUACGUUCAAUAUCAGCAAAUAUAUUUUUAAAUUUAACUCGACUUGAAACAUUAAUAUUAUCUUAUAAUAAAAUUCGUUGUUUAGAAUCAGCAUCAUUUAAAGGUUUAAAAAAUUUAAGAAUUUUAUCAUUACAUGGAAAUGAAAUUUCAACUAUACCAGAAGGUUCAUUUAAUGAUCUUACAGCUUUAUCACAUGUUGCACUUGGAGGUAAUCCACUUUAUUGUGAUUGCCAUUUGGGUUGGUUAUCAUCAUGGAUUAAAACGGAUUAUGUUGAACCUGGUAUUGCUCGAUGUGCUGGUCCACCUCAAAUGGCAAAUAAACUGCUUCUCACAUCUCCUAUCUUCUUUUUUCAAUGUAAUAAUGAAACGGAAUCAAAUCGUUAUCAACAACAAUGUGAUCCAUGUUUAAAUGAAGAAAAUCCUUGUGCGAAUAAUGGUUCAUGUCGUGGAAUAUCAAUGGAUAAAUUUAUAUGUCAUUGUUUACCAGGUUAUCAUGGUGAACGUUGUGAAAAAUUAAUUGAUGCUUGUUUUGAUAAUCCAUGUAAACAACAAGGACAAUGUCAAACAUUAUCUGAUGGUCGUUUUAAAUGUCAUUGUUUACAUGGUUUUACAGGAUAUCGAUGUGAAAUUAAUAUUGAUGAUUGUAUCUUACAUCGAUGUCAAAAUAAUGGAACAUGUAUUGAUAAAAUAAAUGAUUAUUCAUGUAAUUGUUUACCAUUAUUUACUGGAAAAUAUUGCGAAGCAAAAUUAAAUUGGUGUGAUGUAAAUUUAAAUCCAUGUCAAAAUAAUGCACGUUGUUUAACAACAAAUAAUGGUUAUAAAUGUGAAUGUUCAUUAGGUUGGGGAGGAAUAAAUUGUACGGAAAAUUUAAAUGAUUGUUCAAAUCAUGUAUGUCAAUUUGGUGUAUGUGUUGAUGGUCUUAAUGGUUAUACAUGUAAAUGUGAUGUUGGUUUCAGUGGAAAAUAUUGUGAAAUCGCACCACAAUUAAAAUCAUCAUUUAUGAAAAAUAUAACUAAUAUAUCUCCAACACGAUGUUCACCGGAUAUUUGUUCAAAUAAUGGUAUUUGUUAUGAAGAAUCAUUAAAUAUUCUUCGUUGUCGUUGUUAUCCAGGUUUUAUUGGUGAUCGUUGUGUUAUGUUAAAAAGUAUACAUUCAAUAACAAAUGAUUCAUAUAUGAAAUUACCUAAACCAAAUGUAUAUCCACGUUCAAAUAUUACAAUUGUAUUUAGUACAAUACAUAAUAGUGGUGUUUUAGUUUAUUUUGGUCAUUUGGGACAUUUAGUUGCUGAAAUUUUUAUGGGUAGAAUACGUGUUAGUUAUGAUGUUGGAAAUUCACCGGGUUCAGUUAUGUUUAGUUAUGAUACUGUUAAUGAUGGAAAAGUUCAUGAAUUACAAUUAAUUAGUAUUGGACAAAAUUUUAGUUUAACUGUUGAUCGUGGUUAUACACGUUAUAUAAAUAAUCGUGGUCAAAAUGCUUAUUUAAAUACAAGUGAUAUACAUGCAUUAUAUAUAGGUGGUUUACCAAAUGAUUUAACAGCUAGAGCUUUACAAUUAUGGCAUAUACGAGAAGCAAUAUCAUUUCAAGGUUGUAUUCAUGCAUUGUAUAUAAAUGAUGAUCCAAUAAAUUUUGCUAAUGUUGAUUAUCGUCAUAAAGUUUUACCUGGUUGUGAAACUAAUGAACGUAAUCAAUUAUCAUGUGCAACUUCUACAUGUCAACAUGGUCAAUGUCGUCUUGAUGGUUUAGAUUAUAAAUGUAUAUGUCAUGAAGGUUAUACAGGAUUAACUUGUAGUCAACCUAUAACAACAUCAAUUGCAUUACCAUUAAUAAAUUCAUGUGAUUUAAUUAUUGAAAAAGGAUUUUAUAUUGAUCCAUUAACAAAAUGUACAAGUAAGAGACGUUUACGUAUGACAAAAUGUUCAGGUUUAUGUUCAUCAUUAAAUAAUGGUACACAAACAUCAUGUUGUAAACCAGUUGAACCAAAACGACGAUUUUUUCGCAUGACAUGUGCGAGUGGUUUUUCUUAUAGACAGUCACUUGACUUUUUUAAACGAUGUACUUGUUCAAAUACUGUUUGUUAG